AACAAAAAAAGAAGAACUUUGACCGGAAAAGAUUUCAGGCUAAGUUGAGCUGCUCUCAGAGAGAUGCAGCGUGCUGCAGGCAGCGCGGAUCAGGAUCAGCCUCACCCUCUGUUUGGAGGAGCGCUGUCAGCCGGCCUCCCUCACUGCGCUAAAGACAUCAGUGAGCUGAGGGAGAUCCCGGACAACCAGGAGGUUUUUGCCCAUGAACACACCGACCAGAGCCUGAUCGUGGAGCUGGUGGAGUACCAGGGUCAGGUAGCAGACCAGGACGCCGCCAGGUAUCACUUUGAAGACAUCGCAGGCAGCAACAAAGCUUCAGAGCCAGGCGCUUUUCAAGUGAGCAGCGUUGAGCUGCUGCCAAAAUCUGAGCUGUCCCUGUCAGACUGCAGCUCUGCCUGGAUGCUGACAGGGACACAGUGUGUGUCCAAGUUCAACGAAGAAGCGAGAAACACAGUGACCCUUCACCUGGGUCUGUUUCGCCUGCCGCAGUUCUCCACAGAUGUCCUGAUAACCUUCAACGACCCGCAGAGCAUCAGCCCUGACAGCAGCAGUGCUGCUUCAGCGCAGACGCACAGAGAGCCGUGGACGGUGCAGGACUUCCAGCGCCUGCUGCAGACUCUGACUCUACAUAAUCCAGGACUGUUUGGGUAGAAGAGCUGCUUCUUUCCCAGUGUGGGACCUCACCUGAUUACAGAUGGGACUCAGGCACAUUUGAAAAUAUUUGGACUGUGUUUGCUGAGGCCCCGUAAGAGUCAGAGCCUGAAAAGCAACUCCUCCGAGCUGUGGUCAUCUCCCUCCCACGACACACAAGUCUAGUUCUGCCUUAAAUUUUGGCCUUUUUCUGACAUCUAAAAACUACUUAAAAACCCAAACAUCUCAUGACUUAUGUAUAGUUUUGUUAAAAUAAACGAUUUGAGUGAA